AUGAGAAUUUAUCAAUGUCAUUUUUGUUCAUCACCAGUAUAUCCAUUACAUGGUAUAACAUUUGUUCGUAAUGAUGCAAAAGAAUUUAGAUUUUGUCGUUCAAAAUGUCAUAAAGCUUUUAAACAAAGAAGAAAUCCAAGAAAAUUAAGAUGGACAAAAGCUUUUAGAAAAGCAGCUGGAAAAGAAUUAGUUGUUGAUUCAACAUUAACAUUUGCAGCAAGAAGAAAUGUACCAGUAAGAUAUAAUAGAGAUUUAGUUGCUACAACCUUAAAGGGAAUGAGUAGAAUUGAAGAAAUAAGGCAAAGAAGAGAAAGAGCUUUCUAUAAGAAUAGAAUGAGAGGUAAUAAAGAAAGAGAAUUAGCAGCUGAUAGAAAAUUAGUUGAAGAAAAUCCAGAAUUAUUAAGAUUAAGAGAAGUUGAAUUAAGAAGAAAAGCUGAAAAAUUAGCUGCUAAAGAAAAUGCAAUUGAAGAAGAUGAUGAAGAAGAAGAUAUUGAUGUUGAAGAAACAGAUGAAGAAGAAGGAGAAAUAGAAGAUGAAGAUAUGAUAAGUGAAGAUGAAGAAGAAGAAGAAAGUGAGAGUGAAGAAGAAGGUCAAAGAGUUAAACAAAAGGUAUUAUUAAAAAAUAAGAGAAAGAAUAAAAAAUUAAACUAA